UCAAUUUGUACUUUGAUUGGGUCAAGGUAAACAGAACAUGCAGAGGAUUGAGUUCGUUUAGCCUGUUGACAAACUUGACAAACUAUAACUUUUUGAGCAUCGAGAAUAAUAAGAAAAUGUUUGAAACAAUCAAUCAUGUAAAUAUUUAUACCAAGAUUUUGCGUCUGUUAGAAUCAGAGAUUUCGAGCAAGGAAUCCGGUCACCCAUCCUACCAUACCAUAUAAAAAUUUCUUCCAAAUGGAUGACAUUAUCGAAGCUUGCAAAACAGGUACAAACAUGAAGAAGAGAAAACCAACCAACCUCUUUGGUUCUUUCUUCUUCCUUCUUUCUUUAAGCAUUAAGUUUUCCUUGGUCAUGGGACAGAACAGAACAGUAAUCCCAGUGAAUGUUGGCGUGGUUCUUGAUGACCUCGAUUCACUAACCGGAAAAGUUUGGUUGAGCUGCCUCAAAAUGGCCCUCUCAGAUUUCUAUGCCUCCCAUGGUUCCUCCACAACUAGGCUUGCCUUGAGCAUCAGGGACCCUAGAGAAGAUGUUGUAGAUGCAGCUGCUGCAGCUUUAGACCUGAUCAAGAAUGUUCAAGUGCAAGCAAUCAUAGGACCUACAUCAUCAAUGCAAGCCAACUUUGUAAUUGAUCUUGGAGACAAAGCCAAGGUUCCCAUAAUCUCAUUUUCUGCAACGAGUCCUUCCCUCACUUCUAUUCGGAGUUCAUACUUUUUCCGAGCUGCACAGAAUGAUUCCUCUCAAGUCAAAGCCAUAAGUGCUAUUGUUCAAGCCUUUGGGUGGAGAAGAGCUGUGCCCAUCUAUGUAGACAACGAGUUUGGUGAGGGAGUUUUACCAUCCUUGGUCGAUGCUUUGCAUGACGUUCAAGCUCGUGUUCCCUACCGUUGUGCCAUACCUCCAAUGGCCACUGACGACCAACUUACAGCAGCGCUUUACAAGUUAAUGACUAUGCAAACUAGGGUCUUCAUUGUGCACAUGUCGCAGUCUCUUGGGGCUAGGCUUUUUGCCAAGGCACAAGAGAUUGGAAUGAUGAAAGAAGGCUAUGUUUGGAUCAUGACCAAUGGAUUAACCAAUCUUGUAAGUUCGACUGAUGCUUCAGUCAUCAAGUCAAUGCAAGGUGUAUUGGGUGUAAGGACUAGUGUGCCGAAAACAGAAGAGCUUAUCGAUUUUAGAGUUCGAUGGAAAACGCAAUUCCAACAGCAAAAUCCAACCAUCAUUGAUGUAGAAUUGGAUGUUUUUGCUCUCUGGGCUUAUGAUGCUGCUUUUGCAUUAGCCAUGGCACUUGAGAAUGAUGGGACUGGGACUGGCAGAAUCUCUAGCUUCCAAAACACAAAUGCUUCCAUCAACUCAUCAACUGAUCUUCUGACUUUCGGGGUAUCUGAAAACGGCCCGAAACUUUUCCAAUCCUUAUCAAACACCAAGUUUAAAGGCCUUGCAGGAGACUUUAGUUUUGUCAAUGGGCAACUACAAUCUCCAGUCUUCGAAAUAGUCAAUGUGAAUGGCAAUGGGGCAAGAGAAAUUGGGUUCUGGACACCAGAGAGUGGACUUUUGAAAAAUUCCAUGAACUCAACAAACACGAACAGAACAUAUUCAACUUCACAAUCCAACAUGGGACCCAUCAUAUGGCCAGGAGAUUCCACCUCAGUUCCCAAGGGAUGGGAGAUCCCUACAAACGAAAAAAAGUUGAGAGUGGGAGUUCCUGUGAAGAUUGGCUCUCCUGAGUUUGUUAAGGUGGUACGUGAUCCUAGUACCAACAAAACACUUGUUUCUGGCUACUGCAUUGACAUCUUCAAUGCUGUCAUGGAAAAAUUACCAUAUGCUGUAACUUAUGACUUCAUUCCCUUUGCAAAGCCUGAUGGUACAAGUGCUGGCACUUACAAUCAGUUGGUGGAUCAAGUUUAUCUUGGGAACUUUGAUGCUUUGGCCGCAGCCACAACAAUCAGAGAGAACAGGUCCUUGUAUGUGGACUUUACCUUGCCAUACACGGAAUCAGGGGUAGUAAUGGUAGUUCCAACAAAAGAUAGCAAGAGCCAGAAUGCAUGGGUUUUCUUGAAGCCUUUGACAUGGGACCUCUGGCUUACAAGUUCUUGCUUUUUCAUCUUCAUUGGUUUUGUGAUUUGGGUUCUUGAACAUCGCAUCAAUGAAGAUUUUCGUGGCCCUCUCUCGAAUCAAGUCGGAACAGGCUUGUGGUUCUCCUUCUCAACCAUGGUUUUUGCACACAGGGAGGCAGUGGUUAGCAACUUGGCUAGAUUUGUGGUGAUAGUAUGGGUAUUUGUUGUGCUCAUACUCACUCAAAGUUACACAGCUAGUCUGACUUCACUCUUAACAAUCCAAGAGCUCCAGCCAACUUUUACCGAUUUAAACCAGCUUCUAAAGAACAAGGAGAGUGUGGGCUACCCGAAGGGCUCUUUCGUCUACCAACUUUUGUUGAAACAAGGUUUUGAUGAUUUGAAGAUUAAGGCUUAUCAAUCUCCAGAAGAAUGUGAUGACCUUUUGACAAAAGGGAGUGCAAAAGGUGGCAUUGCUGCUGCUGUUGAUGAAACCCCAAACUUGAGGCUUUUUAUUGCAAAGUAUUGCUCCAAAUACACCAUCAUUGGACCAAUAUUUAAGACUAAUGGCUUUGCCUUUGUCUUGCCCAAAGGUUCGGCUCUUGUACCUGAUGUUUCAAGGGCAAUUCUGAACCUGACCGAUGGAGACGAGAUGAAGGAGAUUGAAAACAAAUGGUUUGGAAAACAAGCCACUUGUGAAUAUACAAAAUCACCAUUCUCUGAUUCCAAAAGUCUUGGCCUGAAUAGCUUCUGGGGCCUCUUACUCAUUGCUAGGGUGGCUUCAUCCUCAGCUCUUAUGAUAUCUGUAGCCACUUUCCUUUUUAUGCACAGACACAUCCUAAUGACAAGAGGCACCUCUGUAUGGAAAAGAAUUGGUGUCAUGCUUAGCAUCUUUCUCCAAAGAGACCUCUCCUCCCACACUUUUAGAAACAAGAAUUCGGGUCAUGUUGUGGAGGCCUCACCAGUCUCCUCCAGCAUUGGCCAACCAAGUCCCUUUAGCCUCUCAAACCACACAGGUCCAGCAUCACCUUUCUUCAGUGAACAAGGAACACCUGUUUCUGUUGCUGUUUACCAGAACCCAGAAAUACCUACAACUCCUGAUCAAGGCUAGGAGCUCAAGAAACCAUUAAUAUAUAAUAAUCAAAAUUUUAAUUGUAAUUUGUAUGUAUGAUAAGUAUGAUAUAGUCAUCCAUGAUUUUAGGUAGCUUAUCUGUAUUUUGUUGAUUAUGUCCUCCAUAGUUUAUAUGGUUGGAGGUAAAUUAAUGUAA